AAACGUAGGAUAGAAAUAUGGCUCAGGUUUGCGGGGCAAAUCAAUGUUUCAUGACAUGAUGACUCAUGAGCGUUCUCCCUGUGGGCUGUGGGCCUGUGGGCCUGUGGCCCUGUAGCUCCAAACCGUUAACCGGCUGCAAGAUAAUGAAUUCAGGUCGGAGUAGAUAUUGGGGUGGCAUCAUCAUCAUGCACCAGUAGUCCGAUUCCAAUACCACCUGGAACAUGACCAAAUUAUUUCUGAAUCGACGUAUGAACCCAUUCUAAGAUCAAAUCAUCGUGAACUCAGGAUACCUUUUGCCAGCGAUUUCUGGACUGCUGAAGAUCCUCAGUAUCAGUGUUGGUAAUUGGGUCUUUCACAGUCACAAGACUCAAGUAUCAACUUUCCAUUAUAGAUAGAGAGGAUGAGACCUCAAAUAGUCUUAUUUGGCGAUUCGAUCACUGAGCAAUCAUUCAGACCAGGUGGAUGGGGAGCAGCUCUUGCUGAUACUUACUCUCGAAAGGCUGACGUUAUUGUUCGUGGGUAUGGUGGAUACAACACUAGAUGGGCAUUGUUCUUAUUAAAUCACCUUAUCCCGCUUGGCUGUACAAAGCCUCCUGUUGCCACUAUCAUUUUCUUUGGAGCUAAUGAUGCGGCCCUUUUGGGGAGGAACAAUGAACGACAACAUGUGCCUGUUGAAGAGUAUGAGGAGAAUAUCAGAAGAAUUGUCAAUCACCUAAAGGAAUAUUCUCCCACCAUGCUGGUAGUGCUCAUAACUCCACCCCCGGUUAAUGAGGAAGGGCGCAAAGAAUAUGCACGAUCUGUAUAUGGUGAGAAAGCUGUGGAUCUACCAGAAAGGACGAAUGAAAUGGCAGGAGUGUAUGCAAAGCUGUGUGUUGAACUAGCAAAGGAGCUUGGUCUUUCCUCCAUCAAUUUAUGGUCCAAGAUGCAGGAAACAGAGGGGUGGGAAAAGAAAUUUCUAAGUGAUGGAUUGCAUCUGACUGAAGAAGGCAAUGCAAUUUUGCACCAAGAAGUGGUGAGAGUGUUCAAUGAAGCAUGGCUUUGUGCUUCAGAAAUGCCAUAUGAUUUUCCUCACCAUUCUGAAAUUGAUUGGAGGAAUCCGGAGAAUGCUUUCCAACAGAGGUGCUGAUAGUUUUUUUGCCUUUUUUGUGUCAUUUGAUUCCACUGUAUAGAAGUUUUUGAAUUUAGGCAUCUGGUCCUGCUAUUCCUAGAACUCAGGUGCGUAUUAAAUUUGACUUUUGAGUUGAUAUUGAAAAAUAUCAAGAUGUCAAUUCCAUGUGGCCUGAUUUUUUUUACCAAUUUCUGUGAUGGCCAUUAUGUGGGUAUGUGACUGAGGCUUCGUAGUAGGUAAGGAGGUUUUGCUAAGAGCUAUCAAAGGUUGUGGUUUAACCAAACACCUUCAACAUCAACAAUGGAUCUGCCUAGCGACCCAUACACCCCAUCGCUAUCACAUACAACAGAUAUGGGCUUUGUAGGAUUCAGGUUCUUGGUUCGGAGUUGAGAAUUUCAUGAGUACGCAUACCCAUUCAUGGAUCCAAAAUGUCUAAACUUAUUAUUCAAAGAUUGUAGUUCAAUGGUUCAUGUAUGGUAGGGUAUAUGUUUAAAACCUUUAGAUUCAAAUGGCGCUUAAUUAUAGUA